AUUGGGAGUUACAAUGAUACCCACUCUCUGAAGAUUCGAUCUGAUAUUACAGUCUCCUGGCAGUCUUCUUGUGGCACUAACGGAUGCAGUGAAUGUCCAUUACUCGGCAACCAGCAAAGUCGAUUCAUGCAGACAAACACGAAGACUUAUGACUUAAACUUACUAGCUGUCUUUCAUCUACAUGACAUGGGUACAACUCCCUAUACUUGUGGCCCUAUGCAGGUCGAAUCCGGCUUCCAGAACAUGCUUGCAUUUUUUUACGCAAUAGAGCAGAUUAAUAAAGACAACAAUAAAUUGUCUACAAACAUUCAAUUUGGCGGACUGGCACUGGACACGUGCAAUAAUUUCGUUCGUGCCCGUGCUGAUCUGUACAGUUUAAUGAGUGGUCAAGGUAUCUGUAAUGUCGUACAAGGGCAGGACGUUAUGAAUCCUGCGACUGUUGUAGCAGCCAUAACAACCGGCACCUCAGAAACACGGGCGGUUCAUGAUAUCUUCGACCCCCUUAGAAUUACCUAUAUUUCGCAAAGUGCUACAGCCGAUGCUCUAAGCGAUAUAAAUGUUUUAAAGUAUUUCCUGAGAACUGUGCCGCCCGAUAGGCUUCAAGCCAAAGCUAUGGUGGAGGUCUUGCAGAAACAAGGGUGGAAUUAUGUGGUUGCCGUUCAUACUGACAGUGAAUAUGGAACUGGAGGAGUAGAUGCCUUCAUACGCGAGGCUGGAAAUAACAGCAUAUGCGUUACACAAAGACACAGGCUGAAACAGGACGCAACAGACCAGGACGCUAGAGAGACGGUGAAAGAAAUCGGAGAAGCAAUCGGUGUCAAUGUCAUUGUGGUCUUUGCAAAUCCAUCCCAUAUUGCUCUUCUUCUCAAAGCAGCCAACGACCUGGGGGAGAAUUACCGUAGUAGAUUUAUUUGGAUAGGUAGCGACACGUGGGCAGACAGCAUGAGUAUCAUACAAGGGUUUGAGGCCAUAGCAGAAGGAGCAAUAACUUUUCGUAUAAGAUCACAAACGGUGGAUGCAUUCAAAACGUAUAUGGCACAACUUCAUCCUGGAAAUACCAAAGGUAUCCCUGAGGACUGGUUCAAUGAGUUUUGGCAGCACACGUUCUCGUGUAGAAAUUCUUCUGCUGCAUCAGUUCAGCCACAUUACACUAGACUUUGCAGUGGACAGGAAAGACUGGUAGCUGCAAAUAUCGCACAACAUCCUUACGUGCUCCACACGAUCAUAGCUACUUACAUGAUUGCUCAGGGAAUGUCCACCAUUAAAGAUUGUGGCACCUCACAAGAUGUGUCGAUAUGCCUGGCCCAGCAACAGGACAGAUAUGGCGCCAUAUUCAACGCUAUUAGUACGGCCCAGUGGAACGUUCUUGGGCAAUCCAAUUUCACAUUUAGGUUCACUGAAAGGCAUGGUGAUAUUGGCUACCAGGUACUUAAUGUUAAGAAAAACGAGGAGCAACAGGGCUACCUGUAUCAGGAGCUCGGCACCUGGAAAGGCGAAUUCCAAGGCGACUUGACUAAAUACGUCGGCCCCGGCUCUGGCAUAACAACCUCUAUCUGUCCUCCUAACGUUAAAUGUAGCUGUCUCACCGGGCCUAGUGGUGAAGGCGGUGACACCUCCACUGUUGAUCCAACAUUCCAGCCCCAGUACCAGCCACCACCGGGCAUCGAGGACAGAUUCCUGAGCGUGAAGGAAGGCUACUGGGGCUUGAUCAUCGCUAUAUUAAGUGGUCUGGGGGCACUUGUCACCCUUAUGUUGCUGUUUUACUUGCUGUGUUUUUAUCCUGUUAAAUCUGGAACGUCAGUUCUUGGCUACUACUUACUGUUAGGAAUACUUGGUGUGUACGUCCAUAAUUUUGCCUACAUAUUCUAUCCAACGGAUGUUGUCUGCGGUAUCAGGAGGUUUUGCCUAGGCUUGACAUACGCUGUUUGCUUUUCUGCGCUUCUUCUUAAAGUUCUCAAUACAUGGAGAAUCGGUGAAGACGACAGCCUCACAAAAUACAAACGCUUAUCCAGUCCUCUUAGCUUCUUCCUGAUAGCCGUUGCGUUGACUUUGAUUCAAGUAAUUAUUGGAACAGAGUGGCUUAUUUUGGUUCCGCCGAAGUCGAAUUAUAAAAUAUACGAAGGGCAGCAGUACCCACGCUGUGAACCAACAGACUUCUACGACGAGGCUCUGAUCAUGUCCU